AGACGAGAUGUUGUUAGCAGGGAGAUCCCAUUACAGAGGACGCAUGUUGUAAUAUGGUCGAAACAAAGCGAUAGGCCUGGCAUCCAAAAAUUAUCCUAAAAAUCCAAUCUGGUUAUCCGCAGUAACUUUUAGUGGAUUUAUAAGCUUCUCGCGUGGGAAAUGGAGAAGAAAAGGUGGGAUUGCACUGCUCUCCCCAAGGGCUGGAAAAUGGAAGAAGUGACCAGAAAGUCGGGUUUGUCAGCUGGAAAAAGCGAUGUCUAUUAUUUUAGUCCAUCUGGGAAGAAGUUUCGGAGCAAGCCUCAGCUGGCCCGUUACCUUGGUAACCAGAUGGACCUCAGCUCCUUCGAUUUCCGCACAGGGAAGAUGCUGAUGAGCAAGCUGAACAAGAACCGGCAGAGACUGCGCUACGAUAACAACAACCAAAAUAAGGGCAAACCUGACUUGAACACGUCGCUCCCAGUACGACAGACAGCCUCCAUCUUUAAGCAGCCUGUUACCAAGGUUACCAACCAUCCAAACAACAAAGUGAAGACGGAUCCACAGAAAGCUGUCGACCAGCCCAGACAGCUAUUUUGGGAGAAGAAACUCAGUGGUCUUAAUGCUUAUGACAUUGCAGAGGAGCUGGUGAAAACAAUGGAACUGCCUAAAGGUCUUCAAGGUGUUGGUCCGGGCUGUACAGACAAGACUCUACUGUCGGCUAUAGCGAGUGCUCUGCACACCAGCGCUGCUCCCAUCACGGGCCAGCUGUCUGCAGCGGUGGAGAAGAACCCGGGAGUCUGGCUCAACACCACACAGCCGCUGUGCAAGGCCUUCAUAGUGACGGAUGAAGACAUCAGGAAACAGGAGGAGCUGGUGUACAGUGUGAGGAAAAGGCUGGAGGAGGCACUGAUGGCUGAUAUGUUGGCCCAUGUCGAGGAGGCUGCCAACGAUGGAGAGGCUCUAAAGGAGGAAGGAAACGGCAGUGAAGAUAUGGAGAGCGUAUAGCACAGGGUUUUAUUUAACGCCAGCACACACGACCAUGAACAGUAGGAGCCAUACAGCAGUCCCACCCUGAUGAACUGUCCCCGAAUAUCUGCGUCCAACUCAAACCUUAACCUGACUUAACACCAGUCCAGAACAACGUGAAGAAGUCUUCCCCUCACCUGACCCCAAAACGCUUGGAGUCUCAAAUGUGUCUUUUCAUCAAUAACUUCACUGGAUGGGACGUUUCGACUUCAGCUACCUUUUAAAUUACUCAAAAUAUUUCUGAACUCUGUUGAGUUUGACUAGAAUUUUUUUUUUAAAUUCCCUUGAACUUUCAAAUAUUAAGAAUAACUUAUCUACAAUGUGUCAAAUUCAAAGUUUGAAGAGAAGCAUUUGAGCGUUUUGUACUGAAAGGCUUUGAACGGGUUUGUAUUUUUUGUGACAAUCAUGUCAAAUCCAAACAUUUUAUGUCAGCAAAAAGAUGAUCUGGGUGCUUUUUUUUGUUCAUGGGCAGAUUGGAAAUGAAUGUUUUGUAUUUUUGGCAUGCCUCUUUAAAUUUUCUGGUGCACUCCAUGAGCAGUUUGACACAAAACGCCACCUUUUCUAGUGGAAUCAGUUGAGAUGUAACAAAGUCGAGCUAAUUUAAGAGAGCUGAUGUUAUUAAAGCAGAAGGUGAAGUUUUAACCCCUCAUAUGUACAUUCAUUCAAGUGGACAGAGUGAAGUUUUUAUUGUUGUAAUUUCAAGGAAAUAUUGUACUUCAUGACGGCUGUGUCAUCCUGUGAGUCAUGUUCAGUAUUAACCAAAGAGGAGACUUGUCAUUUUAAAGAGGGUUGUUCUCGCUGUAACAAAAGUUUGCUCGGUAUUUGAACGUGAGUGAUUGUAUCGGCUCUGCUGUUAUACAACUAAACAUAAGAAACGUAAAAGGUGACGGGGCACAGUGGCAAAGAAAUGACUUGAAACCUCUUUCUAUUGUACAAAUGUACUGUUUUUAAAUCUCCAUUAUGGGUGCUUACUGAUGUUGAUGAUGAAACGUGGCUGUUCAGGCUUUGUUUCUGUCACAGUUUAAUGUGUCAAUGUUACCACACACAUGCUGCCUCCAUGUAAACCCACGCACAAAAGUGACGCGCAGCAAAAUACAGUUAGUGUUUAUGUCAUUUAUCAUCUGAGGAAUAAUGGUUUUUUUUUUUUUUUUUUUUUUUUUUUUUUUUUUUAGUUUUUUAUCCCUGUCUGUCAAGGUUUUUUGGUGAAUAAUGUAUCCAGCUAAAAUAAUUAAAAAUCCCUUCUUAAUAUCAGCAGGCUGAUUGCUGAAAUGAAUUUGAUUUAUAUUACUUAUUAAAAUGAGUCGGUAUGUCAUAAA